AUGGGAAAGGAUGUAACUGUUGUAGAUGAGAAGUGGGAUGGUAGGAUAUAGACGGGAAUUUAAUGUAUAUCUUUAUUCAACGAUUAACCAUUGCUAACGAUAAAACGAUUCUGAAUGAAGUUCGGUCUAUAGUAUUGCUUUAUUAACUUAACAACUUUUCUACGAGAGAUUUUGCCCAGUUUUUAAGUGUACCACGUUUUCUGAAAAAAAAAUCUGUGUAGAAAGGUAUCUUAGGGAGGUCAUUUUUCGGUUUUAUCAAGAAUUUUCAGGAGUUUUCAUGAGUAAUUUCUAAAACCCCGGGUUCGAACCCACGACCAGUAGUAUGACAAGUAUUCUCGACUAAAACAAACAUAUAAUAAAUCAAUAUAAAAUUAUUUAACAUAAACAUGUAAUAUCUGCAUAAUGCCUGAACUUCAAAAAGCUAUAAUUUCGAAAUUUAGUCAAUCCGCUCAAUUUCGACUUUACUAUCCUUCUAAAUUGUCAAUAUACAUAUUAUGUUCAAUUUUACAUAACAUACAUUUUUUCUGCAUAAUUUUUUACUCAAACAAUUUUCGUCAAAAUGUAGUAUCAAAAUUCCUUUAUAAAAACAAAUACUACAUUAAACUAAAUUUUCUUUUUUAACUACAAAGUAAGAUUUAAUCAACCUCCUGUUAAAUUUUCAAGUAUUUCUGAUAAUUUUGACAAUUUUACUACAGAGUACCUACUGAAUAAAAAUGGCAUCUCAAAAGUACCAUCUGGACAACAUUCCCUUUCAGAAAUGGUGCCGCGCGUUUAUAUUUGAGCAAGAUUUAUGGUCAAAUUUUUGUGCACAGGAUAAAAAAGAUAUAAAAAAAAAUAAUAUUAUAGUAAAACCAAUAUAUUCUUCUUUAACCAAUAAUGUUUUUUAACUAACCCCAUACACAUUAUAUGUAUCUAAUAUUCUAAUCAUCAUCAAACGAAAUUUCACUCACCGUGCUUGAUUAUUAUCUAAUAAUUUAAACAGCUGACCUAAAAAAAUUAUUAGUGCAACACUAAUUUAAAUGUUAUUUCAUCCUAAUUAAGCCACGAAACAUUUUUGGACAAAAAACGAUUCGGAUAUUUUUCGGGUUUAAUGCGGUGUUGGGUUUCUGAUCAAAUACGUUCCUGACAUUAUAUUUUCCGAAUAUAAAAUAUUGUUCUGACGAAAUAUUUUCGGGCAUUUUACGUGUACUAUUUAGAAGGGGAGGGCGAUUGUCUUUAUCGAUCCUCUCCACUAAUACGUGCCUGUUUAAAGGUAAGACCGGAAUAUUAUCAUGUUUCGCACCAGGCACAUAUUUUUUUAUGACCAGUUAUUAUUGUCAUAAAAGUAAUUAAUCAAUCAUAACCAACACCUCACCUAGAACUUAGGCCGUAAAAUUACUAUGUACAACUUAUAAGAUAAUAAUAUCAUAUAAUUAUAAAAUUAAAAAUAUUUUAAUGUUUAAAUUUGGGAUGCUAUUGUAAUACACAAUAGUAUUACUAGAUAUAAAAUAGUCCCUGCCAUUAUUCUUAGACACGUCUACCUUGUCUGUAUGUUAAUCCGAAUCCGUUAAAAUUUCUGAAACCAUUAAAAUUUAAAAUAUAAUUGAUUUAACACAACGUGCCUACGUAUAUAACCGUUUACGAAUUACGAGUAUAUUUGAUUGUUGUAAAAAAAAAAAAAAAAAACAAUCAUUUUGAAAACAAAUAAUAACAUAAUAUAAUACGUCAUAAAAUUAGAAAAGUAAACUAAAUACUUUCUACAGAGUAAUUAAUAUAAGUAGUUACACAUGUGUAAGUAUGUAUUUAUGUAUGUAUGCUUCUCGUCAGUCGUCUUACGUAUAAUAUAAAAAGAGGUCGGCAUGGCUGUACAUAAAUUAUUAUUUACUGACUGGGAAAUUACGAUGUGAGGCGAGUUCACAAAUUAAAUUUCGAUGCCUUAAAGAAGCUUCGGGGAACGUUUACAAACGAUUAUUAUGACCGCAAAGUCACGAACGAUUACUGACGUGUCGUGUACCAAAUGAUGAAAGGGUUAAACGUGCAAAGCCACGAAUUAUUAAUUUUCAGCUCGAACGUUUCUCGUAAGGAAAUUGCAUUAUAAGAUAAAAGAGAACCAAUAGACCCCCUAUGUGUACAAGUAUAGUUCAAAACUUUUGAAAAGUCUUAUCGUUUGAAAAUAAUAUUAAUAGGGCGUAAAAGUUAUUAUUAUUUCCACAAAUAGGUAUAUAACGAAAUAUUAUUCGAUUUUUAAAAAAUCGAUAGUCAUUCCAAAAUAUACAAUUUCCUUCUCGACUUAAAUCCAUUUUCACCUUACAUAUUGUAUAUUUGUGUCAAUCGCCCAUGUAACUAUACAAAAUAAUAAAAUCUAAUCGUUAUUUGUUUUUGGAAUAAUCGUAAAUAUCGAUAUUAAAUUAUAACAUAUAUUAAUCCUAUACACGUUUUAAGGACGAAAAAUGUAAUUGCAUUAAUAUAAGAUAAAAAGCCAUUCAAAUUAUUUCUAAUUACGCAAAGAUAAUAAAUAAUGGCCCGUGUUUUGUUUCAUUAUAAUUAUAAUAAUUACACGCAGUUCAUAAAAUAGGAAUACCUACUCUAAUAAUUAUUAUUGUAAGUAUACUCUGCUGCGGGCUACGAACAUUAUACAGUAUAUACAGUAAUUAUUUUGUACUCGAAAUCAUAAUUAUUAUGUGUAUACGUUAACUUUCGAUUUCGAAUGUUCGAACGGAAAUAAAUUUAGCACGUGGUUUUCAAUCGAAUCGGCACAUCGACCCGUAAACUCGUUUAGGUAUCUAAUUAGUUUUCUAAAUUCAAGAAAUAAACGACACGUGCCUCCUUUUUUCUUCCCCCGGUUGAAGCAAUGAACGUUAGAUCUAAUUAAACAAUUUUACUACCCAGCUGUUUAUUGAAAACGACACGUUCCUAACCGUUGGUAUGCCCAUGAGGAAGUUAAGGUGCCUCCGAUCCCCAUUCGGCCGUGUUAAAAUAUAAACAAAUAUUAUAAACUAUUUAGCAUUUUAAAACUUUUGACUUACAAAAUCAUAACAUUUACACAUUUUCAUUUCCUACUAUCUCAACUACUUCAAGAUAAAGGCUUAUGUAUAAUAAUAGACGGUAUUAUGCUUAAUUCACUAAUUUUUCCCUCUAUUCAAUACUUGAGAAUCCUGGGUACACCAUUAUACCUAAAUAUACCUGACUACCUACAUUUAAAUUGCAUUUGAAACGGUCAAUUUUUUAGUUUUAGGUUUGAACCACAGCAAGUGGUACGACAUAUAUUAUGAUGUGGCGACCAGCAAGAAAAUACCGAUAGUUCAAAGAUUCGGGGACCGACAAGAUGAACCGAGUACUGCCCGCUUUGGACGUAUACCGUGUUCGUGUCAAAGUUUAUCGUGCGGUUGCUGUGCACAGUUCAACGUACGAUUAUUCAAUUACAAUAAAAAAGGUUUACAUAUUAUAUUAUAUUGAUCGGUCAUUAAUUUGUAUAUUAUUAUUAUUUCAUCGGAUUUCCUAUGGUCCAUUAUAUUAUAUAAUUAUUCCUUUAUCAUUAUAUUAUUAUACCUGUAGUGGUUAUAUAGACGAAUAUUUGAGGUAAAUUAAGUUAAGUUCCUUUGAUUUUCAAUUUUCAAUUAUAAAAAUAUUAUAAUUACGAUCACUCGGCGAUUUUAUACCAAAUGCCUAAAAAAAAAAUCUAACAUUUCAUUAACUUAAAAAUCUUCAUCAGUAAUAGCUGAUAAAUUAUACAAAAAAAGAAAAACUACUAUAAUUAAAAUAGUAAUAAAAAUAUGAAAUGUAUUUAAUUUUUCGUUCCCGAUUUUUAAAUAGGUAUUCCAAACGAACGAAUAUACUCGUAUUUUGACAUUGUACAAAAAACACUCGAACACUCACAAAAUUAACUUUUAAAAAAUCUUGAUUUUAGCUUUCAUUUUUUAAGUGCAAAUGAAAUCAUGUUAAAUAAAGAAAAUACAUAUAUAAAUGAAUAAAUGAAUCAAUGCGUCGCCUGGAGUAUUAUGAUAAUUAUAAGUGUUAUUAUGAUAGUAGUAUCAUAAUACUCUAGGCGGCGCAUUGAUUCAUUUAUUUAUUUUAUUUUUGUAUAUACGGUUUUUUUUAUAUAUAUAUUUAUUUACAAAUAUUAACCAUUUUAAUAAUUUUGUUUUUACUUUAUUAUUUUAUCAAUAAUCAUUUUGUUUCGUAUCACAGCAAUAUUAUAGCUACAUCAAAAUACACUAAAGAAAAAUAGUUUAGUAUCAAACGUUUUUAUUGACUAUUUUAAUAUUUGCAAAACUAUCCAAAUUAACCACGAUUAACCCGGUUUUAAUUCUGUUACGUUCUGCUCUUAAGUUCUGUUAAAUAUAAUGAAUAACUAAGCUAAGUCAAAGUUAAUUUCAAACAUAAAAUAGUUUGGGUAACUAAUUUAAGUUACAAACUUGCGGGAAAAUGAUAACUUAAGUUCAACUUCAAAAGUUGAAAGUUACUGUUUUUAUAGUGUCCUUUACUACACACUUUUGAACAUAUUUUGUACUAUAAUAUUUAGAUUUGUAUAGACCUACUAUACAAGACUCAUGUAAGCAUUACUACUUAGGCCGCAUGCGUCUUCAUAUGUGAUAAAAAACCAUAUUCAUAAAAAAAAUAUAUAAUUUUCGUUGAAAAAUAAAUAUAAAUAAUACAAGUACUUAAAUAUAUUUUAUUUAAAUCCGCAAAUAAUUGUUCAGAACUAACCCAAAUUUUAACAAAAUAACUAAGUUCAAAUUAUUUAUUAAAAUAAAUGAUUAUGUUAUAUUCUAACGUUACAUUUUUUAGUUUUUAUUAUUAUUUUUUUUUUUUUUCUAACUAGUUUCUCCGCCCAGUUUUGAGUGUCUAUAGUGUAAACUUAUGAUGGAAAUUCAAAUAUUUAUUGUACCUAAAGCGUAUUAGAAAAAACAUUGUAAAAUAAAUAAUAUUGUGUGACGAAUAUUCAUCAAUGCAAUAUAAUAUGUAAUAUGUAUAUAACUGUAGAUACUAUUCCAUCAUGCUACAGUACUAUAUGGCACAUUGUAAGGAAGUAAAAUGGACAGAGUGCAAAGCAUAAAAUACAAAAAUAAAUAAGUGUAAAAAAAAAAAAAAAAUGUCUAUAUGCGUAAAACAAACUAUUGAAAUACGAACGCGUAUAAUAUUAUACAUAUUCAUGUUAUCCAGAACUUCUAUACAUUUAUCAGAGCCAUAUGACACUUUAAGUAUAUACACGCAUAUGUAAUACUUGCGAAUGUAUUUAUGACUUUUACUCUUGAGUAUUUCACUCGACUGAAGUUACAACAUGUAUAAAAUUUUCACGUUUAUUCAUAUUUUUUCAUUUUUAUAUUCACAUAACAAUAAGAACAUUGGAUGUUUUUAAAUUUUGUACAUACCCAAGUUGUAUUUUUAUUAACUAUUGUAAUUUCUAUCAUACCUAGUAAUAAUUAUAAAUUUAUUAGUUCAACGGAGUUUAAGUGUGUAUAUUACACUUUGAUACGUUAUUUGAUGCAAAUGCUAAGUUUCGUUUCACACUAUUAUAUUAAAAUCUAUAGACAUUUUAAAAUGUAAUCAAACAGUUGUAUAUAAAGUAUUUUUAAAAAAACACACAUACUAAUAAAACUUAACAAAAUAAUUGAGAAAUAAGAAUUAAUACGAUUGUUAUAACGUAUCGUCAAUAUUAUAGUUUUAAUUAUAAUUCUAGUCAGACCUAAUACUUUUAUUUAAUUGACCGUAGCAGGGAACGUUUUAAGUGUACGUGACACGAUAUUCAAUAUGAUAUUAUUGUUAGUUGACCAUGUUUGACGACUCAUUCUUCUGAAUGGAGAAAGUUUCGUCGAACAUUUCGAAGAAAAUAAUUAUUGUGUAGAUGGACAAGUGGUUUUUUUUUUACAUUCUAAAGUAUACCUAUUCCUUUUAGUUUUUAUACUUAAAAUGUAAAAAAAUAUUUUCAAUUUGAUUUCUACAACGACACUUGAUCAUUAAACGUCCAUUCUUAAAUACAGCAAAAAACAUUAAAUUUAACAUGAACGUAUUAUGCAUAGUUACUGCAAUAGAUUAGUAAUCAAUGUUUUAAAGUUAUUAACUAAUAUUAUAUUUUAAAAUAAUAUCUACAAGUAUUUUUAGCAUUACUUAUUUUCAAAUUCCCAAGUGCCAAUUCAAUACAUUAUGCCUAUGUAUUAAAUGUUGGGUGAAGGGAAGAAUGUAUUUGAUUUUACUGUAAAGUGUAUUUUUAUGCCUGUAAUCAAUUUUCACGCCAAUCAAUAACUGUACUAACCGUCUUGGUAGCAUUUUCAACAUAGGUGGUGCAUUAAGAAAGUAAUUUUUUAAUUUUUUCAUGUGCCUAGUUUUCUCAAUAAAUUUAAAAAAGUAAAUUUUUGCUGAUUUCUGAGUUAUUUUGACAAGGGAAAAAGUACGAUGAAGAAUACUCUGCUUAGAAUCCGUGGUUUAUCGUUGCGUUCAGACCAAAAUUUGCCUAUAUUCGUUUUCAUAGAUGGAAAUCAAAGAGGCUUGAGGGAAUUAAGCAUCCACCAGAAAUGAUUUAUGUGCAGUGUUAUAAAAUAUUAACAUAGGUUUUUUUGGUUUAUGAUAAUACAUGCGUAAAUUACAGAAAAAAAGUUAUGAAUAUAUAUUUAAAUACUUUUUUAUUUUAGGAUUUCUAUUUAAUACUUAUAUUUAAAUUAAUAAUAAUAAUAAUCCGUAUUAUAAGGUCCUCGGAAACGCAUCAGAGUUCCGUCCCAAUAACACUUAAACAUUUUUUUAUACACUUCUUUGUGAAAAUAAAAUUUAUAUUAAUUUUUAACAAAAAAAAUCUCACCUUCCUCAUUACCCAUAUACCUACUAUCCAUUUCUAAUAUGAAUUAUUAUUUUACCAGCACGGACACGCACAAAUAACGACUGAACUGCCGAAGAAUAUAUGAAAUCAAGAUUAUCUUCAGUUUUAAAUAAUACCUAUAUAAUUAUAUAUAAUUAUUGAUAUUAGUAUAUAAAACUAAGUUUUAAAUUGAAAGAUAAUCAAUUGAUUAUUGGUUAAUCUUACAAAUUGUAUAUUUUAUAAAUAAUGAAAAAUAUAAAGGGACAGAAUUCGUACGUUGUUUAAAAAAAACCCGUGAUGGAAUUGGUAUACCUUCAUAAUUCAAUUCCAAAUUCAAUUUUAGAUUCCGAACGUAGCGAGGGAGCUAAUGGUUUUACAAUUCUCUUUAUUUUUUUUCUUUCUUUGUUCAAAUCUGUGAACACGUUUUUUCCUAGUAAAAUUGCUCCGAUGUAUAAGUGUAGUACCUUACCUGAAAGUUCAAAUUAUCUAGAUUAUACUUAAAUAGGUUUUUUUUUUUUUGAUUUUUGACGCUAUUUUUUAAAUAAAAGCACUUAAGUGGGAAAAACCGUAGAAUAACGUACAAUUUCACGAUUUCAUUAUUUUAUAAAAACACGGACGACGUUUUUUACCAGAAAUAAUGAUUUAAUCGAAAAAUCACAAUUCACCUUUUUGUUGCCUUUUUGAUUUACUUUCUUACGGUAUCAUCGUAAAAACUACAAAAACCUACAACAGUUACUCCCAUCCUUAAUAUCAGCUCUUUUUAUGAUGUAGCCUUCCAAAAUCCCUACUUACAAAUAACACUUACAAAAGUCGGUUUUUAGGUAAUUUCGAUAUGAUAAUUAAAUAGUUUUUAUCGAACUUUAUGUAUCCUAAACUAAAAUCUUCCUAACUUCCCACCAACAAGAGUGGCAAACCCAUCCCUAGUAUCAGCUCUUUUGUUUUUAGGUUUAUUUUUGUUUUUUUUUCCGUACAGAUUUAAGUUUAUAUUAUUAAAACCCAAAAACAACACUUUUUUUCACUAUUCUCUUAGUAAUAAUAGGUGCAUUUUAUGUUGAUGUGAAAUAAAUUCUGGACUUAAAUUUGGCAAUGGGAUGAACAUAAAUAUUUCCCGUGCCCACAAAUAAUUAUAAACGUCUAAUAAGGAAACUGCUGGUUAUAUAGUACUAUGUAUACAGUAAAAAUUAAACUUCAAGACCUACAUACAAAAUUCCAUUAUUAAAAAAAAAAACCCCCGUGUUCUUUAAUAAAGAUGUAUUAUACAGCUAGAUUUAACAUAUUUAUUCUUAAAUUUAAUUUUACAAAAAGUCCGUGCUUUUGUACCUUCACUGUACUUGAAUGAAAAAUGAAAUUUUAUACGAAUAAUAAUUGUGGGUUAUUAUAAAAGAAAGGAUUUUAAUAAUAUAUGUAUACGUUUUUUAUUAAAUUAUAUAGUCAGGAUGAUUGUUUUAAAAUGUAUCAAAUACUUUUUCUUUUCUUUUUUUUUUUUUUUAAUUAAUGUCAUGUAUAAUUUCGAAAAUAUAUUGUAAUCUGACGUUUUUAACGAGUAACGGCGUGAUUUUUCAAUAUUAUUAUUACACGUCCCUAGUCGACAAUGAAAGAAUACUAUUAUAUUAUUAUUAUGGUAUAUUAUAUACAUUUUUUUUUCGUGCGCGCGCGUGAUGUAAAAUGGUACUAGAGUGAAAUAUAUGUGCUCCCGGCAGGGUUUUCAGUAAGCUUGUAAUUUAAAAAAUCCAACAAACUACCAAACCUUAGGCAAACAAGAACGCUAAUUGAAUGUGACACCGUGAGAUGAAGAAAUAUCGUCCUUGUAAUUUCAGUUUUAUUAACUUCGUACAUGGUCUCGUACUUAACGUAGUAAAUUUUGUGUUAUGUAUACGCCAAAAUGCCGCUCCGUAGCCCGGAAUUAUUAAUGUACACACCUAAUAAAUUAUAUAGAUAUCAAAAUAUACCGUCAACUUUUUUAUUAUUUAAUUUUUUUUUUUUUUAUUAUUCAGGUUGUAUGAAUUUUACGUAUGAACCUCUCGAUUUCGCGAUCAGAGGUAACCUGUACAUGGACAACGAGUCAUUGUAUGAAUACAAAAUGUCCGGUGAGUAUUAUUGUAACUUUUAACUUUUAACUAGGGCUUGGGACCUAAUUAAUUUGCAUAUUUCUAUUUGAUAGUCCAAGUAAGAUAGAAAGAUGCUUCAAGUAUUAACGAAUUGAAAAACAUCAAAACUAAAUUACCUUUGUAUUUAGUGUAUUGUUACAUUUAUAACAAACGUGAAUUUGUUUCAUUUCGCAUUUUUUUCGUACAUAUUUCUUUAGUCUCAGUAAAAUGGGCUUAAGUCAAUUUUGGAAUUUUUAUUUAAUUUCUUCUAGUGUAAUUUUACCCCUCCUCCUAAAUUGUAUAAGUCUAUAUACUUCAAAAUGCAAUUUGCUUAUAGAAAAUUGACUUCACCCCUUUUUCCCUUCUUCAAACCAAACAUAUAUUGUUUCUAUUUUUAUUUUUUUUUAUAUUUGAUGAAAGUGCAUAUUUCAAUACAUAUUCUGAGGUCAUUUUCUCUGCAAUAAGUCCCGAUCUCUCCUUAUAAGUCGUAAAGUGAAAAAUUGGAAACACGACUUAGACCAUCGAAAAGUAUUUUUAAAGCUUUUCAUUAUAUUACAGUUAUUAGUUUAGUCAUAUAAAAAUAAUGACUUCGAAAAAAUGAAAAAGAGCAAUACCUGGAAAUAUGAGAAACCACUGUUGUAGGUAAGAAUUUAGGAAGGUAGGAUACAUAACGUUAUUUCAUUUAUAUCUGUAGGCAACAAUAAACCAUUGAUAACCAUUAUAACAGCAAACAAACUCCCAGAAAUGAAAAUUCCUUAAAAGCUCAAAAGUUUUGUCGAUAAUACAGUCAGAAAGUAAAUCAAAAAGGCAACAAAAAUGUAUCGUAAUUUUUCGAUUUAAUUAUUUUUUCUGGUAGAAAACGUCGUCCGUAUUUUUAUAAAAUAAUUAAUUCGGGAAAUUGUACGUUUUCCUACGGUUUUUCCCACUUAUGUGCUUUUAUUUAAAAAAUAGAGUCAAAAAUCCAAAAAAAAAAAACCUAUUUAAGUAUAAUCUAGAUAAUUUGAACUUUCAGGUAAGGUACUACACUUAUACAUCGGAGCAAUUUUACUAGGAAAAAACGUGUUCACAGAUUUGAACAAAGAAAGAAAAACAAAAUAAAAAGAAUUGUAAAACCAUUAGCUCCCUCGCUACGCUCAAAAUCUACAAAAAAAGAUCAUACUAAAACUAAAGUCUAAAACUUUUAAAAUACGAGUGAAAAUCGUUAAAAUCUGCAGUUUUUAUUCGCUGCAGUCUGGUAAAACUACUCGACAAAAUAAACGUGUAUUUGUAUACGACUUGAAACACUGUAGUAUGAUAAAUGGGACAUGAUUAGAUACACGAGAUAAGUACGAUUUCAUACUCUAUCAGGUCCUUUACCCCUUUACACUCCCUUAGGAGAUGACAUUUGAAAAUACUUCAAAAGUUUCUCUUAGUUUUUUAGAGAAACGUACAUUUUAAAUUUCAAGGCUCUGUGUGCACUGAUCUAAAAGAGACACGUCAGUCAAUCUCGUGAGCAUUUUAUAAUCCUUUUAACCAACAGCCUCGCUUAACGACUAAUACAUUUCGUGUAAAAAAAAAAAUACAAAUCAAUCACAAUAUAUGUUUCAUUUUUUCCCCUUAUAAAAUGAAUAAUUUAUUUGUGUUGAAUUUUAUUACUCUGGAUUUGAAUUUAUCAGAGGUAUUCAUGAAGGUACGUAGAUAGGCUGUGUUAGAGGUUGUUACGCCUCUGAGGUUUUAUGACAGCUUCCCAAUUUCGUCUCUGAUGAUGAGAUAUCUACGUAUAUAGACCAUAAAAGAUUGACGAAUAGUGUUAUUGCCAAACAAAAAACCCAACGUACAAUAAAAUCCAUUUAGAAACACAGUGCCUAAUUGUAAAAAUUAUACACAUACACGUAUUGGGAUUAUAAACUCAUGAUUUUUUAUUGUGUAUAUACUUGUGUUACUGUUAACGAUGCUAAGCCAACAACGACUAUUAUGCCCUCCAGAUUUCUAAUGACAACAGUACGUUAUAAUGAACAUAUCGAAAUAGUGUAGCUACUACAGUAUGAUAUUCCAAAAGGGAAAUACAAUUUAAAUCAUAAACGUAAAUAUUACGCACGUAAAUCUACGAUACGAGUAUGUGUGUUAUCCAAUGUACUGGUGUGUCGUUUACAACCGCUAGAGGUUAUCUAUAGGUACUUGUAUCAGUAGCGUUCUCAAAAAUGUAUAUUUAAAUUAUUUGCUUAGUGAGCUGCACACCACGUACCCCCCCCCCCCCCCCNCCCCCCCCCACAAUAACAACGGAAUAUACAUUAUAUUGGUUCUAUAAUGAUGUUUAAUUUUUUUUUUUUUCAUCUGUUAACAACUUUUCUAUUAGAAAUCUUGCUCCGAUUUUCAAGUGUAGCACCUGUUCCGAAAAGAAACAUAGGGAUAACGGGAAAAUUUACGAAAUGUAUUAUUUAAAUUUUUUUUUUUUUUUUGAAAUUCUGUUCAAAAUAUUUUUAGAGACUUGAGAUUUAGACAGAAACUUAUAUUUACCUUUUCUAAAUAUGGUAAAAUUUAAAUAACAUUUUAGCCAUUUUUGAACUGUCUAUUUAUGGAAAUUUCAAUUUUGCGAAUUAGAACGUAAUUUUUAUUCAGUUAGGUACUGUGUGGAUAAAAUUAUUUGGCCGAACAGAAAUUCUCGAAAAUUGAACGGGUGAUUUAUUAUAGGUCAUACUAAAGUUUAAAAAUUGAGUGGAAUGUAAAUUUUUUUUAUAAGAAUUUUAGUGUAUACAUUUUGACGAAAAUUUUAAUAAUUACGGCCUUUUAAAACAUGUAUAAUCAAACUUCUAUCAGAAUCCUUUUUUGUUGGCAAUUUUCAAUCGUUUUGAUUGACAGAUGUACAUUAAAUUAUCCUUUUUGCCAACUUUUCACCUACAACAGUGGUCUACUCAUCGUGCGAAAUAUGUCCAUCUUUUUACUUUUAUUAAUACAUUUACAAAUAAAUAAAAUAAUGAAAUUGCAGUUAUUCUGUGCUACCACUUACCUGUUGUUGUUAAUUAUUAUAUAUGUAUAUUAUUGUGUAUUAUUAUUACAAUAAAUAAUAUCGUUAAUGAAGAAAAUGAUAACGAGUCAAAAGUUCUUAAUCAAUUACACAUGCUACUAAGUAUCAAUUAUGCAUUGCAUCACUAUAAUAAAAAGAAAGAUUAAUAUAACAGUACCCGUUAUUUGUCACAAAAAAAGGUUCAUUUAUCAAUAUUCCUCUGUGAGAACGCCCGUGAUUUGUAUUGUAAUAAAUAACUGCAGGGACUUUUGAAAGUCACAAAAUUACCGUAAGAAAAUGUUCUAUGAAAAAAAAACCAUGAACAGCUUUCACUGUGACUUAUCGACAUUAAAAUAUUAAACUUUUUUUUUUAGUAUAUUUGUAUUUACUUUUUAUUUGUAUCCACUAAACAACCAUUGACUACGGCUAACCCCUUUUUUCUGCCCUAUAUCAAGAUCUGCUGUAAAGUAUAGUUCUAGAAAUUAUCACUAACAUACAAAUAGAUUAUAAGGGCAAGAGUUUGAAAUUUAAAAACUUCUAAAGGCACAUCAUCGGUACUUAUGUUAUUUCUAAAUAUAAUUUUAACCCCGUUACUUGACACCGCAAGAACUGUUCGUAAUUGGCACGAAAAAAUAUACAAUACAGAGCAAAAGCCUUUAUUUUUGGAGAACAUUUAAUAAAAACCCACAGUAACGCCUUAAAAAUGAAUACAAAUAAAAUUCACUAAAACAACCUAAAACUAUAAUGACAUAAAAGUUAGUAUUAAUGUAUUAUUUCGUAAUUCGUAAUUCAGUGGUGUUGUUCGAAUAAACGAGAUGCGCUCUUAUGACUUUCUAUGUCUGACUACUUUCAAAAAAAAACUCUCGAGCACAUAUUGAAAUUAAAUCUCAAAAUUUAGUGCUAAGCUCUAAAAAGACAUAUAUAUGCAUAAACCAUAAUAUCCUCUAGAAAUAAAAACGACCAAACAGAUGUUUAAUGAAAAAGAAAAAAUCAAAAUUCCUUAAUUGGUUUUCGAUAGUACAAACAUGACGGGUUUUAUAGCGACGAGACCGACUUCGUCCUUUGGUCACAUGAAAACUUCGCACAGAUAUUUCGCAAUUAAUUCGCAAGGCCGAUGGGGACCGGUCGUGUCGUCAAAACGAUAUAAUACUAUAAUAUUAUCUAGGCCUAAACAGCGUUCCGAACGGAAUGGAUUUUAUUGACCGGUGUGUUUUUGCACGUUUCCCGUACAGCCAAAAACCCGCCGCCGGCCUGUUUACAAGUACCGGUGCCGUACAUACCUUCGAUGGACGUGUGCAUGAAAAUGUUCGACAUCUACACGCCGGGCAGAAACUUGCACGCGUGCGUUAAUUUCCUCACGCGCGUCGAACACGCCGAGGUGCUCGUGCUGGAAUUCGAUUGUUUCGUGAUCGGCCGGGACGGCGUGAACAUGGAAAAGUAUAACGCCAGUAGCAGUACCGCGGUAACCACGACCGCGGUAUCCUACGACUCGACGGUGCCCGACCUGGACGUCACCGUAUUGGAAGCCGGCUCGCGGUCCAACGACACGCGACGACGGCGCGCGAAACGCCCGAAACAAUGA